AUGAGAGUUACUAUUCCAAUUCCGACUGAUUAUGCAAAGUUAAUGAUUGCUUCAACUUGCCAUUUAGGAGGCCAAAGUUUAACACAUAAAAUGUCUGAAUAUGCUUAUAGCAGAAGAUCAGAUAAAGUUUGGGUCUUUGAUUUACAGAAGACUUGGGAUAAGUUAGUUUUAGCCGCUCAGAUUAUAGUUAGUUAUAAGAACAGAGGAGAUAUCGUAGUAGUUAGUAGUAAAAAGUUUGGACAUAAACCGGCUACUAUGUUUGCCAGAGCUAUUGGUGCUACGCCUGUAACGGGUAAUUUUGUACCUGGUACGUUUACUAAUCGGUCUACUAAGGCUAUUACUGAGCCUCGUUUGAUUAUUACUACUGAUCCGUUUACUGAUAAGCAGACUAUUUGUGAAGCAUCUUACAUUAAUGUGCCUUGCAUUUCCUUGGCUAAUACUGAUAAUCAGAUAGAACUUAUUGAUUGUGUUAUUCCUUGUAACAACAGAUCACCUCCGGCGAUUGGAGCGAUGUUCUUUAUUUUAGGGCAGUUAGUGCGGUAUAUGGAAGGAAGUGUGGAGUUAAGUGAUGAGAUUAGGUUGAAGGCUGAUGCUUAUUUCUACCGGGAUCCAUCGGAGAUAGAGAGUGCUUUGGCUGAGGCUGAGAAAGUGCAGGAGGAAGAGAAUGAUUCUGGGUACGAAGAAGAGGAGGAGGAGACUAAGUGGGAAGAGGCUCCAGAAGGAGAUGAGGAGGACUGGGCUGGUAAGUAG